UGUGGCUGCUCAAAUGGGUGUGGUCCAAGGAAAAAACAUGACCCUUGCAGUAGUUGCUCUAUUCUUGCUGGCAAACCUGCUCUGUCUUUCCAGUGCAGAGCAAUGCCACCCUAAAGCAACCAACCCUUGCAGGUUUGAUUGCAAUGGAACUGAAUUUGACAUUUCUCAAAUCUUUGACUACCCAUACACCAUUGAUGAGGAGUAUAAAUGGUGUCCUUGCAAAGGCUGCAUUUGUUCAGAAAACGGUGGAGGAGUGGGACCACUAGCAGCUGUCUGCCAGUCAAGAGACUAUGCAGUUAGCUGUGGUCAAUUUCACAAUCCGGUCUUCAUAUUGGAGAGAACAGAUCCAUACAUGUUCACCAUUGAGUAUACAUCAGGGACAACAUGGAGGAUAUCAAUGUUCAGAUUCAUGGUCACUGAAGAGCAUCCAAAGCCAAAUGUAAUCUUCACAGGAGAAGUGCCCAAUUUGCAAUAUAAUUUUCAAGUUAAUGGAAAAUGCUUGGGGCAGCCAGACUGCAAAGCUAAAGGACCCAAUCCAUUCCACUAGACAAUUAUAAACUUUUUGCUGGUUUUGUAUACUUUCCGUUUAUUUUCUGUAAACUACAAAAGCGAGGGUGUGGCUGAUAAAAAUGAUGUUGCAGCUAGUUUUGGCUCUUCUCUUCCUACUAGACCUCUCUGUUGCUGAACAGUGCAAAGUAGACUUGAAAACCUCUUGCAUAGCAACAUGCAGCAACGACACUACAAUAGAUAUAAGCAGUCUAUUUGAAUAUCCCCUCAAUAUUAGUAGCUAUUAUUCAUAUUUGUGGAGUCCGUGCAGCCCCAUUACUUGCAGGCAAGGUGAUCCAUACAACAUUGCUGUGUGUCAAAAAGCUGAUCAGUAUUAUAACUGUGGUGAAUACAGAGACCCAGUGUAUAUAUUGCAGCAAAGAGAUCCAUUCAUGUUUCGCAUUGAAUAUCCAAAUGGAGAUGACUGGAGGAUAUCAAUAUUCACUUUUACUGUCACUGAAGAAGAGCCUCAAACAAAAAUAACAUUUCUAACGGAAGACCCAGGACUCCAAUAUAAUUUUCAAGUGACUGGUAAAUGUAUUGGACAGCCUCGUUGCAAAUAAUAAUACUGACUAUUGAUGAACUUACUAUUGAUAAACUUACUAUUGAUAAACUAUUGCG